UUUGCUCCAAUGAUUGUUGGUUUAGCCUUUGAGGUUGUUGGCUAUAUAUGUAGAUGCCUUGGUCAUUACAAUAAAGAAUCAUUAGGCCCAUAUGUUAUUCAAUCUGUUUUUCUACUAGUGGCUCCUUCAUUAAUCGCUGCAACUAUCUAUAUGAUCUUUGGUAGAUUAUUGAUAUUGUUGGAUGCUGAAAAAAGUUCAUUCAUACCAGUUAGGUUCUUGACAAGUUUUUUCGUUUGUGGUGAUGUGCUAAGCUUUCUAUUACAAGCUGCAGGUGGUGGAUUAAUGGCUAAGGCUGAUUUUGCUGAUACAGGUUCCAAGAUUGUUGUUGGUGGAUUGGUUGUUCAAAUUGUGUUUUUUGGAUUCUUUUUGAUUAGUGAGUUAUACUUUACCAUUAGAAUUAGAUCACAUCCAACUUCAAUAUCUCAAUUACUAAGAGAAUCAAAUGAAAGAUCCGGAGUUUCAGCUAAGUUGGUAAAUUGGAGAAUGCUGAAUAUUUCCUUGAUAUUAGCUUCAAUUUUGAUUAUGAUGAGAUGUAUUGUUAGAUUGGUGGAAUUUGCUCAAGGCUUUACUGGAUAUAUUAUGACACAUGAAGUUUUCAUCUAUGUUUUUGAUGGAUUAUUGAUGAUGUUUGCAUGCGUUAUCGUUCUG